UUUGCAAAACAUAAGAAGUGCUUAUCUGAGUGGCCCGCGCCUCCGGCGGCGGCAGACGAGUCGCGAGCUCGAGCCACGCCGCGCGCCUUGCCCGCGGGACACACGCAUGUUGCAUUCAUAUACGAUAAAGGACUUCACCGACACGCGGUGAGCGAGCUGCAAAUUGAAGCCCGGAGGCAUGGAGCCGGACUCGUGGUCGUGGGCGGCGUCGGGCGGCAAGCGCGGCUCUGGGCGCUGGCGGGCGGCGGCGCGGCGCCGGCUGCCCGUGCUGCGCUGGGCGCCGCAGUACUCGCGCACGGCGGCGCUGGCGGACCUGGUGGCGGGCGUCACGCUGGGGCUCACGCUGGUGCCGCAGAGCAUCGCCUACGCCGCGCUCGCCAACCUGCCCGUGCAGUACGGGCUCUACUCCUCCUUCGUUGGCACGAUGCUGUACGUGGUGCUGGGCACGGUGAAGGAGGUGUCCAUCGGGCCGACGAGCCUGACGGCGCUGCUCACCCUGCAGACGUGCCACGGCCUGCCCGUGCAGUACGUGGUGCUGCUUACCUUCCUCUCGGGAUGCGUCGUGCUCGCCAUGGGGCUGCUACGACUCGGUUUCCUGGUGGAGCUGAUCUCGCCGGCGGUGACGUCGGGCUUCACGUCGGGCACGGCGCUGAUCAUCGUGGUGGCGCAGCUGAAGGGGCUGCUGGGCAUCAGCUUCCUGGCGGAGUCGCUGCUGGACAACGUGGCGAUGCUUGCCGAGAACAUUCACAAGACGCGGCUCGGCGACGCCGCGCUCGGAGCCUCGUGCUGUAUCGUCUUGCUGCUCUUGAGGAAGUUGAAAGACGUGCGAGUGGGCGAGAAGCGGCGGGCGCUGCGCCUGGCGCUGUGGCUGGCGUCCAUCGGGCGCAACGCGCUCGUGGUGUGCGGCGCCGCGGGGCUGGCCUACUGCACCGCCGACGCGGGCUCCGACCACCACCCGCUCUUUAAGCUCUCAGGUCGCGUGGAGCCGGGCCUGCCGCCGCUGGGGCUGCCGUCGUUCGGCAUGAGCUCCGCCAACGGCACGCUCACGUUCCUGGACAUGGCGCGCCGCAUCAGCUCCGGCGUGCUCAUGCUGCCCGUCGUCAUGGUGCUCGCCAACAUCGCCAUCGCUAAGGCAUUCUCGGCGGGCGCGGCCGUGGACGCGACGCAGGAGAUGGUGACGCUGGGGCUGUGCAACAUGCUGGGCUCGCUGGUGCACGCCAUGCCCACGUGCGGCGCCUUCACGCGCUCGGCCGUGUCGCACUCGUCGGGGGUGCGCACGCCGCUGGCCGGGCUCUACGCCGGUGUGAUCUCCCUGGUGGCGCUGGCGUUCAUGACGCAGUACUUCUACUACAUCCCGCGCGCCUGCCUCUCCGCAGUGCUCAUCUGCGCCGUCAUAUUCAUGAUCGACUACAGGUCGGCGGUGGUGCUGUGGCGGCGCAGCCGGCCGGAGCUGGCGGUGCUGGUGCUGACGCUGCUGGUGGCGGUGCUGGGCUCGGUGGAGCUGGCGCUGCUGUGCGGCGCGCUGGGCUCGCUGGCUCGCGUGCUGCGGCACCUCAUGCGCCCGCCGCUGCACCUGGCGCACUACAAGACGGCCCGCGGGCCGGCGCUGGUGGCGCGGCCGGUGCUGGCGCUGGUGUACGCGGGCGCCGACCGCGCAUGCGCGCGUCUGCGCCGCGCAGCCGCGCGGGCCGCGCCGCGCCCGCUGCUCGUGGACUGCCGCGACCUGUCGCUGCUGGACUACUCCGCCGCACAGGCACUGGAGCGUCUGAUCAAGGAACUGCAGGCGUCGGGCCAGCAGCUGAUAUUCUUCCACGCCUCGGCCGAGGUGCUGCGCAAGCUGGAGAACAUAGAGGGCGUGCAGCACGCCGCCCUGCGCGCUGCCAGCGUCGGCGACGCGCUCGCCGCCGCCGCCGCGGCCCCCGCCCCCACCGAGGCCCCCGCCCCCGCCACCGCCGCGGCCCCCGCCACCGCAGACGCUGCACUGCUAGCGGCGACUGACGAUGCCAAUGUCUAA